AGUUCGAACAAAGGUCUUUUCACGAUUUCUCAGCUUUUAAAGUGAGUUUAUAUUCGUACAUGAUGAAGCCGUCGGCCAUGACUUAAAAUUAUAACGUAAAUACCAUCAAAAUACGUCACCGAAACUGCAAUGAAUUUAUUUAUAAACAGUAUAAAAAUGCGGGGUCAAAGAAAGUGAAAUUGCAUUUUAUUUGGGUACAUUAGCCAGACAAAGUGGAUUAGCAUGAAGUCGCAUUGUCGUUGUGUCCAAUUUCUGCUUAACAAAUUAUAAUUAAAAAUGUAUGGAUCAGCUUCAUAGCUUCUCUGUCACCUCAAUGAAUGUAAUUAAUAAUCGAUCAAUGGACUUCGAAUGUCCAACACCGCCCGGCAUGCUCGCACGCAACAAAAACUUGACAUUUACCAGUCAGCCUGGAAACGAGUCGGGAGCAACGGGUUUACGCCAUUAAAAAAAAUAUCCCAUCAACGCAACACGUCCCGAACGUACAUAAAUUAAAAAAUAUAAACAAUAUUAUAGUUGUCUAUCUUCGUACAUAGAUAAUGCUAGGGUCAGCUGGCUGUAUGCUUUCAUUUCAAUAUCAUUCUUAGUCGAGACAUCGCGUCAAUCAAACGUCAAAUUAUAUUUUUUUAAUUAUUUUUUUUAAGCAUGCGACCUCUGUAUGCAAAUUAAGUAUCGAUCGGUCGGCGGGUUAUCGGUGCAUUCGGUUUAUUUUUUUUUAUGAAAAUCGAUAAGGGCUUUGGAAAGAUGGUGAAGAGUCGGUGUGAUGCGCGGCCAGUGAAAGCUUACAUCAUGAGUGAUUUGCUGAAGAAGUUCGAUCACGACACGAGGAAUGACGUCGUGCAGGUCGCCGUCGCCAUCGCCGGCUUCUACCUUGGCAUGUUUUGUUUGGAGUACGUGGACACGGAGUACAGUUUAUGGCUGACCUGGUUCCUGAUGCCGGUGAUCGUGACCUUCCUACUGCCGGCAGUCAUCAUCGUACUUAUAUACAUCAGCGCCAUCAUCUUCCAUCUCUACAGGCUGUACCGGAUGAAGGUGGUGGAUGGCGUGCAGCCAGACUGGAAGCAAGCGGCGCGGCUGGCGGUCUGCGCGCUGUGGGACGCGCACGGCUGGCUGUGGCAUGGUUACGACAUAAAGGGCAUUGAGAACAUCCCUGAUGGGCCGUUCCUGGUGAUCUACUACCACGGCGCGUUACCCAUAGACAUGUACUACUUCAUAGCCAGGAUGCUGCUGUUCAAGAGGCGGCAUAUACACACCGUGGCUGAUCGGUUCAUGUUCAAAAUACCUGGCUGGGCGACCCUCUUGGAAGGUCUGUGCGUGAUCCCGGGCACGGUUCAGACCUGCGCGUCGGUCCUCCGCAGCGGGAACCCCCUGGCGAUAUCCCCAGGCGGCGUGUACGAGGCGCAGUUCGGAGACCACUACUACCGCCUCAACUGGCGGAAUAGGAUCGGGUUCGCGAAGGUCGCGCAGGAGGCUAAAGUCCCCAUAGUCCCAAUGUUCACUCAGAAUGUUAGAGAAGCGUUCCGCACAGUGGGCUGGUUGCGCGGCGUGUGGCUCCGGAUCUAUGCCGCGUUCCGCAUGCCGCUAGCUCCCGUGUACGGCGGGUUCCCCGUCAAGCUCAUCACGCACCUAGGGAAACCCAUACCUUACGACCCCGAGCUUACCCCAGAACAGCUGCAGAAGAAGGUCGCAACAGCGAUUGAAGAACUAGUAGAAGAGCACCAGAGGAUCCCGGGCAGCAUCCUCCAGGCCUUGAUGGAGAGGAUCCACGAGAUUCCCAAGAAGCGGAAACACAUAGAAGUGCCAGUCACCAACGGCAAGUGCCAGAACGGUACUCUAAAAGACAGCCCGAGCGAAAAGGCUAAAGUAUCAUAAGUAAGAGACUGAUUUUUUUUUAAUUCUAGUGAAGAUUUGGCUGUUAUUUUAUUAACGGCCUGUAGCUGUGUAGCGAUAGCUUGAGUGUUGGCUUGAACUCCAAAUGUUUCAGUGUUUUUUGGUUACUUGCAAUUUUAGCCUGCCAUAGAUGGUACAAGGUGUUGUAAAGAAAAAUGUUUGGUGUUGGCAAUUGGCAUGGUUUAUGAAACAGAAUUGAUUUAGGCAAUUAGAUCAUGGAAUUAUAUUGAACACGUAUCUUUUGUUUUUCAAAAGGUAGAAGAAAUAAUUGGAUGGAGGUAUAUUAGUUCAGAAAACAACGUGGUUAUAUACUUGAAUCAUCUUUGUGACAUGCCUUUGAAACUGAAAACUUAUUUUAAAUUUAUUUAAAUGUAAAAUAAUUAAAUUAAUAGUAAAUAAUACUUAAAUUUCGAUCCAUAGACAAUUUUGCCAAAAAUACCUAUAAUAGGCACCUUAGAAAACUUUCGACUGUAAAUUGACAGAUUAUGAUAAUCUGUGCACAUUUACUUGAAAACAAAUGAGUUUCUUAAUGAGAUUGCAUUUAGAAUUUAAUAAAACAUCCCUAUAGUUAUAAACCAUUACUGUGUAGUCAUUUUGUUUAUAAAAACUUAUGAGUAAAUGCCAGGCUAAUACUCAAUGUUUAAUCUGUAAUAAAUGACGAAUGAUGGAUACUUCACAACUACGAGUACUGGCCAAUCUUUAUAAUACUACUGUAGGUGUGUAUGUAAAAACUCCUAAACGGCUGGACCGAUUUUAAUGAUGUUGUUGUAUCUGUUUGGGUGGCGACCUAGGUGGUUUCGAUUCACAAAUCAGGGCCCCAAUUCAUUGUAUUGACCGUGAGUGUUCCGCCCCGUACUGAAUUUUCAAUAUUGUGUUGGAAAAAUGAAUAUUAAUAUUUUAAUCCUAUUUCCAUUCAUUCAUCGGAUAUGUAAAUAGCGGGAUUGUGGCCCUGGUCGGCUAGUUAUAAGUUAAUGGCCAAAAACGAAAACUUGGUGGUUACAGUUUUAUAGCUAAUUAAUAUAGUUAGCUUAAGCGCUGGCUUUGACUGCGGUACGGGAAUAUAUGGCCAUGUACCCAUUGACCAUAGAUUGUGAAGUUAGCCCAUCAUUGGCCAUUUCAUACAAUAGCCAUAAAUCUAGUUUUAAGUUUCGCUUGACUGCUGAGAGUUAGAAAUCUUAUUUGACUUACAUUUAAUUUAGUCUAAAAAAUAUUUUUGUGUAUAAUUUUUUUCGAAAUAUAUUUUUAAUGUGUCCAAUCAAAUAGAAAUUAUGAAUGCAUUCCUUUGUAGCUUUUAUAUUGGUUAGUCGAUUUUUAGUUUAACGAAUUUGAUUUAGUCGAAUUUACAAAAAUAAAUAAUUUUGACAUAUCUUAAGUACGUAUAGUUACUCAAAUGUGAUAAAAGAGUUUUUCAAAUUCUUCAAUAGUUUAAAAAUUACGAAGACAUUUUGCGAGUCAACAAUUAAUUCGCAAUUUUGCCUUUCUAUCGUUGUACGUGCAAAGAGGUAAUACGUAACAAAAUGGUUUAAAAGCGAUAGUAUUUUUAUGGAAUAUUCUUUAGUGCAAAAACGCAUUUGGCUUAUAAAUAUUUAAAUAUAAAUAACGUUCAAAAUGUAGAUAAGUAGUCCUAAUAUUGAUUCAAAGAUACAAAAUAAGCAUUUUAGUAAACAAAUUAUAUUAGUGUAUUUAAUGUUUAGUUUAAGACCGCUUCGGGCAGACUUCGUGUUUCCCGAGCGGAGCCGAAGUGAUACGAACACGCACGAAGGUAAUUCGUUACCUUUGAAUAUAUAUUUUUCGCGCUAUUUCUGUAGCUUCAUGGAGUCACAAAUUGGUCUUUAUUUCAUAGACCAGGGGGUAAUCAGCUCUUAAAGUAAGAUCUUUGCGUUAUGUGCAAGCGAGACGGCACAUAUUGUAUAGCGUUUUCUCUUUUUCGCAAUUGCAAUCGUCUUGCUUUAAGUAGUGUUGUUAGACCCUUAGAUACUGAAACAAGUGUUAUUUCUAUAAGCGUUAACUAUGUUCCAAUCACUCAAAUAUAUGUGAUAAACACUCAAAAAUAGACAUUAAAUGAAUCCGUAUACACUUCAGACAUGUUAUGAAUAAAAUUUUCGCACGUUGUCAAACUAUUUCGCACUUUAUGCGCAUAUGUAUAAAGUCUGUUUUUGAAUGUCAUAAAGAAUCGCGCGAAGUUACGGUUCGCGAACUGUGUGCCAGCUCUGAGACACGUGACGAUUUUCCCAUGUCAAACACAUGGCACUAGGCAGUCGUAGAAGCUAAAAUAGCUUCUAUUUAAUUAAACAUAAGGUAUGUUCAUGCGUGUCAAAUAAUAGGUCUAAAUAACUAGGUAAUGUUGUAAACGCCUGCCUAGUUUAAUGUUUAUAUAUAAAAUACUGAAAAAUUUAUAUACUAAUACUAUGGAUUAUUUGUAUCACCAUUGACACAAAGUACACUUUAAAUAAUUGUAUAAAAUAUUGUCAAUAUUAUUUUCUUCUUGAAAUCUUUAAUAAUAUUUAAGUUGGUCUUGAGAAAUAUUAUUAUAUUUCUUCUAGUAUACAAUGAUUAUUAAAAACGCUUAAAUUUUAUUUCUAAUGAGGAUAAAGACAGUUAUUUGCAGACAAAUACUUGUGUGAUGUUCCCAUCAUUUGUUCUGUGUUUGGGUGUAAUUUGUCUAUAAUAUGUAUUUAUUUGGAAAUAUCUAUGUAUGUUUGUCAGU